UGGAGGAGAGAGACGAGUUUUAAGGAGACGGCGGCGGUCAAGUUAAGCGCCGCCGACGAGACCACCACCACCUCCAUCCAACCAAACCAGUGGUCAAGCGGAGGCGUUGGCGGACGCGGGCACCUCCCCCUCCACCUCCAUCCCCUUGACGACCUAAGCAAGCAGCAUACACCAAUCGCCGAUCCGGGCCAUGGACGCCAACUGGCGGCCCACCCAAGGGCCGGACCCCGCCGCCGCCGCCGCCGUAGGCGAUUGGCGCGCCCAGCUCCAGCCCGAGGCGCGCAGCAGGGUCGUCAAUAAGAUAUUGGAGACUCUGAGGAAGAUCCUGCCAGUAUCGGUGCCAGACGAACUGAUCGAACUUCAAGAAAUCGCCAGGCAAUUCGAAGACAAGAUCUACACUGAAGCAACCAAUCAGUCUGAUUAUGUGCGGAAGAUUUCUCUGAAAAUGGUCUCUAUGGAGACGAGCAGACAACUGGCUCCUGGAAAUGCUCAAGUGAUUCCAAAUCAAAACAACUCAGCUCCUGCACUCCCUCCACAAGGCGGAAAUCAAGCACAGACAUCAGCCAUUCCUUUGAUGUCUGAACAACAGUCCCAACAGAAUCAAUUGAAUCCCGUACAACAAUCUGUGCAAUCAUUACUCCAGCAACCUCAACAAACUGUUGGGAGGCAGCAGCGACAAGCACAUCCCUCCAUUCAUCAACAACCUUCACUGCAGAGUCAGCAGCUCAAUAUUCUUUUACAGCAGCAGCAGCAGCAGCAGCAGCAGUUGAUGGGACACCAGCCAAAUUUACAACAGAAUGGUGCUGUGGAAAUGCAGGAGCAACAGAGGCUACCAGUUCAGUCAAAUAAUCUUUUGAAUGUGCAGCAAACACAGCAGAUGUUGAAUCAGCAGUAUAUGCCUCUGCAUCAGCCACAUCAAUUGGGCUCUCAGGCAUACAUGGUGAGUCUACAGCAUCAGCAACUUCUUGGAACUGUGCCUAAUGUGUCAAACAUGCAUCGGAUGCAUAUGCUACACACAGAAGCUCAGCAACCACAGGAACAACAGCAUGCUCAGCAGCCACCAAUGCAACCUCAGUCUCAACACAACCAACUCCAACAGUCGCAACAGCAUCUUAUGUCACAAUUCCAAUCUCAGCCUAACCAACUACAACAUCAAUCAGGGAUGCAGCCGCAAUCCUCCAUGCAACGACGACUUCAAGCUUCAGGAGGCAUGCUCUUGCAACAAAAUAACAUGGAUCCGAUUCAGGCACAGAGGGGCCUUCAAGAAGUUUCCUCUAGUACAUCUGCGGACUCUACUGCUCAAACAGGUGAUGAAGAUGAAGAUGCAGAUUAUUGGCAAGAGGAGAUAUAUCAAAUGGUCAAGAUCAUGAAGGACCAAUACUUUGCAGACCUCAGCGAACUGUUCAAUAAGGUAUGUGUGAAGCUACAGCAUGUCGAGAGCAUGAUACGACCUCCGAUUCCAUCCGAGCAGUAUGAUAGAAUGAAGAGCUUUAAAACGAUGCUGGAACGUAUAUUACAAAUGCUGCAGAUUAGUAAGAGUAUCAUCCAACCUGCUAUGAGGGACAGAGUUCCUCAAUACGAGAAACAGAUUAUCACCAUCUUGAAUUGUCUAAGGAAGCCAGUGCAGCCACAAGUACAGCAAUAGUUUCAGCAGAGCCACCUGCAGGACAAGCUCUUCAUUCUAGCAUUUCGCAUUAGCAAAGUUAUUGUAGAGUUUGGUUAGAAGACUGGUGGAGGAAGUUUCGGUUUGAACGGAAUUAUGGUUGCUGGGAAACUUUCAAUUUUCUUCUUCUUUACUACUCCCUCUGUUCACUUUUAUAAGACCUUGAAGACAUUUCAGACAAUAUGCAAAACAGCCUAUUUUGAGUUGUCUGAAACGACUUACAAAAGUGAAUGGAGGGAGUAAUUGAGAUCCCAUCUGUAUGCACCUGAACCGUGCUUGAACUGAUGACUGGGGCCGAUCUCUUGGAGAGAGGCUCGGUGAAAUAGGCAUGUCGGGGCUAGUGCUUAGUUUUGAUAUAAGACAGGAUCGCAUGACCCUUUACGUU